AUGAUCGACUAUCGGCAUGGGAUUUCAAUCCUAGACAUCAUCGUUUACAUUCCAACCUUCUUCCUCGCCCUUUGGAUGGCAUUUCACCAUGGAUUCAAAAAGAGUUCCGGCUGGUACUUCUUUGUUGUUUUCUCUCUUGCACGCAUUAUUGGUGCAGCAUGCUAUCUGGCCACACUAAGUGCGCCUUCCAAUAUCAGUCUUUAUAUUACAUGGGCUGUCUGCACGUCGCUUGGGAUAUCACCAUUGAUCCUAGCCUGCAUAGGUCUUUUAUCGCGAGCAAACGACUCCAUAAUGCGAAAGACAGCCAAGCCUCUCUCCCCCCUGCUCUUCCGAGCCGUCAGUCUUCUUUCGCUAGUUGCCUUGGUUGUGAGCAUCGUCGGAACUACCGAAAAUAGCGAUAUCACUCACGGCCUGGUAAAUACCAAGACACAGGUUGCUCUGAUUCUCUUUUUGAUCACCUGGUUUGGGGCGUGCAUCCUACUCCUCCUCGUUGCAAAUCGUUCCCAUAGCAUCGAAGACGGAGAACAUCGCCUACUCCUCGCAGUUGGAAUCUCACUUCCUUUGAUCCUCGUUCGACUGAUCUACUCAUUUAUCUACUCUUUCGGACACAAAUCUGACUUCAGCAUGCUUUCGGGAAAUGUCACGGUUCAGCUGGUGAUGUCUGUUUUGGAAGAGAUUGUUAUUGUUCUCGUGUGUCUAGGAAUUGGUCUCACACUCCAAGUGCGACCAAGUCCGGAGUACUCACACCAGCCUAGCGUUUCCGAUCGACAGAGUGACGCGAUUGAAAUGGAAAGUGGUGGCUAUCAGGAAAAUCAAUCUCGCAGGAGGCAAACCCCACGGCCCAAGCGUCGAGGUGGUCCUCUGACCAAACUGGUGAUGUUCAUCGUGGAUGAGAUUAACGACAGGAGGAAGUGA